AUGACAAGGCAAAUGAUAAAUUUGAUUUUGCUUGUUGCAUAUUUACUAAUUGCAAAUUCAUUAGUUAUUAAUGGUGAUAGUUGUUAUUGGCUUGGUUGUCAUGCCCAUUCGGCUGACUCUUGGUGUCCACCAGGUACAUAUACAAAAGAUUGGGGCAAAUGUAUGGGUGGUUUUGGUAAACAAGAAUAUUGUUGUAAAAAGAACUAUAAUAAACGAACCAUGAAUGCUUAUGAAUUUGAACAACAACCCGAUGAUGACGAUGAUAGUGAACAACUGUUUGACAGUGAAUAG